UUCGUUUUCUUAAAAGUAAAAUAGUCUGGAUUGCGCACACAAAACGUUACAAGCACGCCGGUCGGGAUUUUUGAUAAUAAAAUAAAAGAAGAUUUAUACUUGUCAAAGUUUCCACCAAAACAAUGGCAUCAUUACCUAUGAACCCAAAGCCAUUUCUGAAUGGACUUACAGGUAAACCAGUGAUGGUGAAACUAAAAUGGGGCAUGGAAUACAAAGGAUAUCUGGUGUCUGUGGAUGGCUACAUGAAUCUACAGCUUGCCAAUACAGAAGAAUAUAUUGAUGGAGCGCAAACAGGCAAUCUUGGAGAAGUUCUCAUUCGAUGUAAUAAUGUCCUGUAUAUUCGAGGAGUGGAAGAAGAGGAUGAAGAAGGAGAGAUGAAGGACUGAUAACUUCCUCACAAAGUGCUGGAAGAGGCAGCAAUCUUCGUUAUGUUCAUUUCAUCAUGUCAUAAUACAUAUGCCAUUUUACAGACACUUUUGUAUAUUUCAUUGUUUUCAAUUCUGAUCCAUUGACUUUAGCACAGUAUGUAUGUACGAGUGUUGUUUUAUGAGGUAGACUUUUGUGAUCUGCAUCAUGUUUUUAUUGAAACGUAAAAUGUUGUACAUGUUUAUAAAUACCAUAACAUAGUGUUAUGUGUAUACAUGAAUGUAUACAUGAUAAAAGAAGUCAAGUGCAAGAAGCUUACUUGAAGAAAAUUUGCAUUUCUUUUUAUAAUUUUCUGAACUGUGUAUUGCACUUUCAACAGCAACAUUUUAUCCAGAAUCCAGACUUCUCAUUAGACUUACAGGGAAGUUUAUCAAGAAGGACACAAGGGUGGAUUUUUUUCUCCUUGUAAACUUUUAAUUAUCAUUAUAAUGCACAUUAUGGACGAGUCCCUUCAUAUAUAAAUUUUAGGCAUGGCACCUCAAAUGUCAGUAUUUUCGUUUGUAUUGUGUUCUUAAUUGACCAACUUGUAUUCUUGACAUUAUCAUGAAUUUGCCUGCAUUCAUUUGACUGGACAUAGUUUAGCACUAAUAGCAGUGCUUUUCCUUAUGCAGGUGCUUACUUUGUGAGCAAGCAAGUUAUCUACAUGUACCUCGUAUAAAGGAAUUAGAUGUGCAUAGAAACUGUAUACUUAACAGUCCAGAGUUAUUAAAGAAAGUGAAAAUUACA